UUCAAGGUCUUUGAAACCUCCAGCGAGGAACUGGCGGACAUAGUCGGAAAGCAGAGCGCUGCCGACAGAUCAGUGGACGCAAUGCUGCUGUUGCGGCGAUACGCCUUGGACACGAUUCUCAAGGCCAGCUUCGGCAUCGACAUGGGCGUGCAGAAAGCCGAACCAGGUGGAUUUUGGGACAAGCUCACCCUUAGAAGUUCCCGGCUGUUGGAUUCACUCGGGCUGCAAGGAAUCACACUAAUAGCAAAUUGUCUGCCAGAACUUCAGCCCCUUUUUGUGCGGCUGGCAACAGUUACUGCAUGGUGCACGGAUAAGUUCGUCGCUUUAGUCAAGGACCUGGUGGAACCAGUCAUUGAACGGCGCCGGGAGAAGAACUCGAACAAGGCAUGUGACAUCCUACAGGUUCUCCUCAAGAGUGAAGGCGUGAAUGCUGCUACAGGCAAUCAAGUUCAUAGCCGCCUAUCUAGAGCUGAGAUCAUGAUCAAUGCGUGCGUUUUAGUCUCUGCCGGGUUAGACAGCACGGUUCACACAGUUGUCUCUGCUCUGUACUCCGUGGCCACGCAUAUGGACAUCCAAGAAAAAUUGAGAAAAGAAAUUCACGACAUACUGAAGGAGGAGGGCCAGCUCACCUAUCACGCUGUCGGACGAAUGAAAUACCUCGACAUGGUGGUCAAGGAAUCUAUGCGCCUGUACUCUCAAAACGUUGGGUUUGUUGCAAGACGUGCAGUUUCCGACUACUCGUACAAAGACCUUUUAAUACCAAAAGGUGUGAGCAUAGUAGCUGCUGCGAGCUGCCUCAACGUAGACCCUGAUAUAUGGAACGACCCAACUGUGUUUGACCCCGAGAGAUUUAGCGAUGAGAACAAAACUGGCAUCAACCCUGCUUCUUACCUGCCCUUCGGAAGCGGUCCACGUAACUGUGUAGGCCGCAGAUUCGCCAUGCUGAACGUCAAAACUGUUAUUGCCACCUUACUUUCAAGAUACCGUGUACGUAUGGAUGAAGAUCAUCACAAGGAAGGUCUGGUGUUCAGGAGCAAUUUCAUCACCUCAUGCCUGCCGCGCUCCGUGUGGUUCAAGUUUGAGAACGUUUAACCAUUGGUUUCUCUUACCCAACAACUGCACCGCCACCACUGGGCUUUGUAAGCU